AUUUUACGUGAUUUUGGAUGAAACGCAACGCACCUCGCUGCAGACGGUAUUUUUGAGAUGGAUGUAUUUGGAUUUAACGUUUCUCUGACCAACGCAAUAACUAUUGUGUUGACAGUGAUAGUACUUUUAGUUUCAUCUGUUUAUACUUUGAGAAACAUCAUUCGGAUAUGGAGGAAAGGUCAGAUCAAUCCGCAGACAACAGACGCGAUGCAAGGAAAGGAAGAUAGGCCUGACGCGGAUGUCGCCUCAGCAGCUCAGACAGAUGCCAUUAACGAAAAUCCAGUGACGAAAACAGGAGCAGUCAAUUUGGAUGACAUAGAUCCUGUAGAGUAUUGUGAACAUAUUCAGAGUGAAGUGAAGAAAGCCAAACAACGAGUAACAAACAAGAAGAUUGUGGAGGAACUGACACCUGAACAAGUUCACGAGGAACGCGAGAUUCAGCAACAGCAACUUCAAAAUAUUUACAAACUAAUGCAGGCACAGAAUGAAAAGUUUGGUGUCAACAGCCUUGACGAAGUCCAACAACAAAUGAAGUUGUAUGCAUAAAUACCAUGCUUCAUUUGUAAUUAAUUAUUCCACUUAGAUUUUGUUAUCAAUGUUAAUGUUAUUGUGUUUUGCAUUUUAAACAACAUGCCGUCCUUAUUGUCAGUUAUGGUGAGAAAAUUUAAUGUGUUGUAAAUACAUGUACAAAUGAAUUGUGUUACUUGUGAUUUUGUUAAAUCAUAAUGAUGAAUAGGAAAUCCGGAUCCAAUAUUGACCAGGACUUCAAAGGUCUACUGUCAUACAAUUUUCCCGGAAUGUAAACCAAAAUUGAUCAAAGGGUAUUACAUAUGAUGAUUGUUACAUAAUUUUGUAAUAAUACCAUUGAGAUUAAAGUUCUAUAUAUAUUGAUAAUUAUACAAUGAUGCACAGGUAUACUUCUGAUAUAUAAAGUAUCACUUUUAUAAAAUUAUGUUUUAAUGAAAUAUAUUGAACAAAUUACACAAAGAAGCACAAAAAUAUAUUUUAAUCCGAUUCCUGACAUCAACAAUUUUUGACCUAAAUUGGAUAAACAGGCUUUAGUAUACUAUACAUUUAUUUAUACAUAGAUUAGAUGAUUGUAUUUGAAAUUUUGUCAAAUGUGAACAAAUUUAUUACCGGGUAUAUAGCAAAAUCUUAGAAGUUCAUAUAUGUUUUUAAUCUUUCAUCAAUAUUUCCCAAGGGUACAAUGUAUUCCCAUUCAUUCUGUACAAACUUUGUCACAAAACAUACCAUACAAAGCAAGAUUUGUUACCAGGUAGUGCAUUCCAGAAAUAUUGAUAAUUCUGUAUUUCUGUACUAAAAAUUGUGUUGUUUGAUUAUCACCUAUAGGUACUUCUGGCAGGGGCUAUGUUUGUACAGUGUCCAUCAAUUUGUUAACUAUACCAGUGAUUUAUGGCAUUGUUCACCAACGUUGGCUCAUUUUUGUCACCUGUUAUAGUUAUAAUCUAAUUUGGAUUGUAAUUUCUUCUGGGCACAAACAGUUAUUUUAUUUUGUAUGCAAAUACCUCUUGGGAUGUCAUACAAUGGCAGUGUAGCAAACUGAAAUCAGGUCUAAUGUCCCACUGUUUUAAUAGCAGGGAUAUUAAUCCUUUGUUUAUUUUUGAUAUAAGUGGAGAUAGCUCAUAAAUAAUGCCUUAACUUGUUGUAUAUGUUUAAGAUGUAAAUAAACUAAAUAUGUUUAUCUGUAUAUUUUUUAACAUUCAUCCUGGUUUGAAUCAGAAAAGUCUAUUUUGCAUCAAGGCUUUAAUGCUCGCUCCUCAUGUGGUUAAAAAAAUAAGGUUACAGGUACAUUAUGUUCAUUUUCAAAUAUUUAAUUGUACAUAUUAGAUUUCUGGUGAAUCAUGUUUAAAUUAGAACUGGGUUUUAUAUAUAAGGAAAAAAAAACAAAAACCAAGAAGGAUUCUGACUGAAGAAGCAGAAGAGGACAGAAAGGCCUUGUGAAAUGUUUUGUUUCGUUUUUCUUUUAUCUGUCCUUUGCAAGAACUUUACUUCAUUCAAUUUAUAUAUAACAGACUGCAAUAAUGUGAAAUUCAACACUUUAUUUUCUAAAUUACAUUGUUAUGUUUACAUAUAUGUACAAUGUUUUUCAAUGGUUAGUGUGAAAACAAUUUAGAUCCAUGUAUAAAAUUAUUUCAUCUAAUUCAUCAUUAGUCAAGAUAAUCACCUUACAAAGAACAAAUACAAAAAAUGUAUCAUAUUUUAAGUAAAUUAGAACACUGUAUAUUCCUGUGUUAAGUACAUCACGUUACUGGUAAAUGGAAAUUGCAAUAGGUAGGUGCAAUAGCAAA